CGACGGGCCUGCAGCCGCCCGCAGGAAAGGCCCAGGCCGGCGCCGCGGAGCCAGAGCCCCAGCCCGACAUGAACCACCACCAGCAGCAGCAGCAGCCGCAGCACCAGAAGCCCGGGGAGCAGCAGCUGAGCGAGCCCGAGGACAUGGAGAUGGAAGCUGGAGAUACAGAUGAUCCACCAAGAAUUACCCAAAAUCCUGUCAUCAAUGGGAAUGUAGCGAUGGCAGAUGGACACAACAACACAGAAGAAGACAUGGAGGAUGACACAAGUUGGCGAUCAGAAGCAACGUUUCAGUUUACAGUUGAACGUUUCAAUAGACUGAGUGAGUCAGUCCUCAGUCCUCCCUGCUUUGUACGAAACUUACCAUGGAAGAUCAUGGUGAUGCCACGUCUUUAUCCUGACAGACCACACCAAAAAAGUGUAGGAUUCUUUCUUCAAUGCAAUGCUGAAUCUGAUUCCACGUCAUGGUCUUGUCAUGCGCAAGCAGUUCUCAAGAUAAUAAAUUACAAGGACGAUGAAAAAUCAUUCAGUCGCCGAAUUAGUCACUUAUUCUUUCAUAAGGAGAAUGACUGGGGCUUUUCCAACUUCAUGGCAUGGAGUGAAGUUACUGAUCCUGAAAAAGGAUUUAUAGAAGAUGACAAGGUUACUUUUGAAGUCUAUGUUCAAGCAGAUGCUCCCCAUGGAGUGGCGUGGGAUUCCAAGAAGCACACAGGAUAUGUUGGGUUGAAGAACCAGGGGGCAACCUGUUACAUGAACAGCUUGUUACAGACUUUAUUUUUCACAAAUCAACUACGAAAGGCUGUUUACAUGAUGCCCACAGAAGGCGAUGACUCAUCCAAAAGUGUUCCUUUAGCAUUGCAAAGAGUGUUCUAUGAACUUCAGCACAGUGACAAACCAGUAGGAACUAAAAAGCUAACAAAGUCCUUUGGGUGGGAAACUUUAGACAGCUUCAUGCAACAUGAUGUACAAGAAUUAUGUCGAGUGUUGCUUGAUAAUGUGGAAAAUAAAAUGAAAGGCACGUGUGUAGAAGGCACUAUCCCUAAAUUAUUUCGAGGGAAGAUGGUGUCUUAUAUCCAAUGCAAACACGUAGACUAUCGAUCAGAACGAAUAGAGGAUUAUUAUGACAUCCAGCUAAGUAUAAAGGGAAAGAAAAAUAUAUUUGAGUCCUUCAUUGAUUAUGUUGCAGUAGAACAGCUGGACGGUGAUAACAAAUAUGAUGCAGGAGAACAUGGUUUGCAGGAGGCAGAAAAGGGUGUGAAGUUCCUGACAUUACCUCCAGUGUUACAUCUACAACUUAUGAGAUUUAUGUAUGACCCUCAAACUGACCAAAACAUUAAGAUAAAUGAUAGGUUUGAAUUUCCUGAGCAGUUGCCACUGGAUGAAUUUUUGCAAAAAACCGACCCUAAGGAUCCUGCAAAUUACAUCCUUCAUGCAGUACUAGUGCACAGUGGAGAUAACCACGGUGGACAUUAUGUUGUUUACUUAAAUCCUAAAGGGGAUGGCAAAUGGUGUAAAUUUGAUGAUGAUGUUGUAUCACGAUGUACAAAGGAAGAAGCAAUUGAACACAAUUAUGGCGGUCAUGAUGAUGACUUAUCCGUGCGGCACUGUACUAAUGCUUACAUGUUGGUUUACAUCAGGGAAUCAAAAUUAAGUGAAGUUUUGCAACCUGUCACAGACCAUGAUAUUCCUCAACAACUAGUAGAACGACUACAAGAAGAAAAGAGAAUAGAGGCUCAGAAAAGGAAGGAGAGGCAGGAAGCUCACCUCUACAUGCAAGUGCAGAUAGUGACAGAGGACCAGUUCUGUGGCCACCAAGGCAAUGAUAUGUAUGAUGAAGAAAAAGUGAAGUACACUGUUUUCAAAGUAUUAAAAAACUCCACACUUACAGAAUUUGUUCAAAAUCUUUCUCAAACUAUGGGAUUUCCACAGGAUCAAAUACGAUUAUGGCCAAUGCAAGCUAGAAGUAAUGGCACUAAAAGACCAGCAAUGUUGGAUAAUGAAGCAGAUGGCAAUAAAACUAUGAUUGAGCUAAGUGACAAUGAAAAUCCUUGGACAAUAUUCCUGGAAACAGUAGAUCCAGAGAUGGCUGCUACAGGGGCAACAUUACCCAAGUUUGAUAAAGAUCAUGAUGUAAUGUUAUUUCUGAAGAUGUAUGAUCCCAAGACUCGGAGUUUGAAUUACUGUGGACAUAUCUACACACCUAUAUCCUGCAAAAUACGUGACUUGCUUCCAGUUAUGUGUGAGAGAGCAGGAUUUCCUCAAGAAACUAACCUUAUCCUCUAUGAGGAAGUUAAACCCAAUUUAACUGAAAGAAUUCAAGACUAUGAUGUAUCUCUUGAUAAAGCUCUUGAUGAACUUAUGGAUGGUGACAUCAUAGUGUUUCAGAAAGAUGACCCAGAAAAUGACAACAGUGAGCUGCCAACAGCAAAAGAAUAUUUCAGAGACCUUUACCACCGUGUUGAUGUAAUUUUCUGUGAUAAAACCAUCCCCAAUGAUCCUGGAUUUGUUGUUACUUUGUCCAACAGAAUGAAUUACUUUCAGGUUGCAAAGACAGUAGCACAGCGACUUAAUACAGAUCCAAUGCUACUACAGUUUUUCAAGUCCCAAGGUUAUAGGGAUGGCCCAGGUAAUCCUCUUAGACAUAAUUAUGAAGGUACUUUAAGAGAUCUCCUGCAGUUCUUCAAACCUAGGCAACCUAAAAAGCUUUACUAUCAACAGCUCAAAAUGAAAAUCACAGAUUUUGAAAACCGGAGAAGUUUUAAGUGCAUAUGGCUAAAUAGCCAAUUUAGGGAAGAGGAAAUAACGCUAUAUCCAGAUAAGCAUGGGUGUGUACGGGACCUCUUGGAAGAAUGUAAAAAAGCUGUAGAACUGUCUGAGAAGGGUUCGGGGAAACUAAGGCUGCUAGAAAUUGUAAGCUACAAAAUAAUUGGUGUCCAUCAAGAAGAUGAGUUGUUAGAGUGUUUAUCACCUGCAACAAGCCGAACGUUUCGAAUAGAGGAAAUCUCUCUGGACCAGGUAGAUAUAGAUAAGGAAAAUGAGAUGCUUAUCACAGUGGCACACUUCCACAAAGAGGUUUUUGGAACAUUUGGAAUUCCAUUCUUGUUGAGGAUACACCAGGGUGAACACUUCAGAGAGGUGAUGAAGCGGAUUCAAACAAUGUUGGACAUCCAGGAAAAAGAAUUUGAGAAGUUUAAGUUUGCCAUUGUAAUGAUGGGUCGGCACCAGUACCUAAAUGAAGAUGAGUAUGAAGUGAACUUGAAAGAUUUUGAGCCCCAACCUGGCAACAUGUCUCAUCCAAGGCCAUGGCUAGGGCUUGACCACUUCAACAAGGCCCCAAAGAGAAGUCGCUACACUUACCUGGAGAAAGCUAUUAAAAUCCAUAACUGACUCACUUAACCCAUUUGUUCAAGGCAAGGGACAACAAAUAAGUGUGUGUGUGCACCUUUUUAACAACAGUAGAACUUUGGUACACGUGCACUAUAUCUGAAGUCUUCAGCAAGAGGAUUUGCUGCUGAUGUUAAUUUUAUUUUGUUGAGGCUGUUCAGUUUGGCUUCUCUGUAUCUAUUGACUGCCCUUUUUGAGCAAAAUGAAGGUGUUUUUAUAAAGCUUGGAUGCCAAUGAGAGUUAUUUUAUGGUAAACGUAAUGCAAGGCAAUUGUCAGCAUAAUGAGGGAAGAGUUUAGUAGACCAGUUGACAUUGGCAAAAUAUUUGUCUGUAGUACGUUUAUAGAUGGCAUAAGCUAGCUGGCUGCCCUUCCUGGUGCGGUAUUCACCAUCACAGCAGCUAGUAAGUCUUAUGUUUAGACUCACAUCGGAUUUAUUUCCUUCAGUUAUACUUUAAAAUGACAUUUUUGUGCAUUUGUAAAUGCAAAAAACUCACAUCAUCAAUAAAUAGCAAUCUCUACUUCAUUGUGUACAUUGUUGGCACUUAUUCGGGAUUUUUGUCUCAUCCAGUUGCAUAGAAUCUUUUUAAAUAAACUAGUUUUCAUUUAAUUCAAUCACUACUUCGCAUCCCGUUUUGCCAAAUGGAUGCUCUGAGUCCUAAAAGAUAUUUGGGUCUUUUUAUUAAAUUUACAAACCUUGACAAAUACAGUUAAAGUUUACUAUGUUGUCUUUUGACAAAUAAAAUGACACUCGAAGUUGGCAAAAGCAGGUGAAAGGAUUAUAAAUAUAAUUGAUUUAGUUAAAGAGGAAAAAGAUGGGAAAAACACAAGAAAUAGCCUUUUAGCACAGAGGGCAUGCUCACUAGUGUUUAGUAAGCUGUUGAAUUUGUAAAAAAAAAAAAAAAAAGAAA